CCUUCGCUCCCGCCCUGUACCUCCGCCAAGUAGGAGGCGCGGGGCGGAGCGCCCUUCAGGUCCAGGUGUACCAGCCGCCGCCGCAGCCCGCCCGCCUCCAUGCUCGCUGCAUGCCGCCGCUCCGGCCUCGAUUGCUCUUGACUGCUCGCUCCAGGCUGCCCGUGGCACUGCUGCUCCGCAUCAACUGCUUUAGCCUGACACCGCCUCAGCGGUACCUCGCUAUAGAGCACUUGGCCGGAUCCUUCUGCUGCCGUUCCGCUGUUUCGGCGUCGUGUGGCUAUCUUCGUUUCCGCCUCGGUGAGGCCGCUCCGCUGCUCUUGACUCUGUAAUGAACGUCUUCGGGCCGUCUGUCUGACGCUUUUUGGCUCGGCGGGUGACUGCUCUCCCCUGGCUGGCCGAGCGCAUCGCUCGGUGUCGGCGUGCGCGAUGUCUCGGCAACGCUGGGCGGCACCGAGCGGCCCUGAGAGCGGCGGCACCGCGGCGCGGCCGGAGCGUGGCGGCCGCCACCGCAACAGCGCUAAGAAGAGCAAAACCCAGCGAGAGUCGCGGUGGAGGUGGCGGAGGGCAGUGUUCACGGUGUUCCUCCUCUCCUCUCUUGCCGUCGGUGGCCUCCUGAGCUGGAGCUACCUGGGCGCCGAGGAUGGGGUCACGGAGGUGCUGGCUCAUCACAGUGAGAACCUGCAAGAUAAGUUCGUCGAGAUCCCCUGCUCUGAGGACUAUGACAGCCAGAAAAGAUUUGAAGGCUGCACUCCUAGGAAGUGUGGAAGAGGUGUGACUGAUGCAAUAAUCACAAAGGAAGAAGCUGAAAGGAUCCGUAGAAUAGCAGAGAGGGGACUGUCCCUGGGAGGAUCUGAAGGAGGGGCAUCAAUUUUGGACUUGCACUCUGGAGCUCUUUCACUGGGGAAGCAUUUUGUUAAUCUGUACAGGUACUUUGGGGACAAAAUUCAAGACAUCUUCACAGAAGAGGAUUUUGCAUUGUACCGUGAUGUGAGACAGAGAGUUCAACAGAAGAUUGCUCAGGCAUUUGGUAUCAGCUCUGCAUCCAUGUACCUGACUGAGCCAACGUUCUUCUCAAGAAUAAACGACACAGAAGCCAAGACAGCGCAUGAUGAGUACUGGCACCCACACGUUGACAAGGUCACUUAUGGCUCUUUUGACUAUACUUCACUGCUCUACCUCUCUGACUACAGCAAAGACUUUGGUGGUGGCAGGUUUGUCUUCAUGGAUGCGGGUUCCAACAAGACGAUAGAGCCCCGAGCAGGACGAGUUUCCUUUUUCACCUCCGGGUCGGAGAACCUUCACCGGGUAGAAAAGGUUCGCUGGGGCACUCGCUAUGCCAUCACCAUCUCCUUCACCUGCAACCCAGAACGUGGCAUUGGGGAUCCAGUCUUGGUGUAAUUCCUCUGGGGAUGGAACAGGAGGGCAAACAGAGUGAGAGAAGCCCUGCAAAAGAGGAGAGGAAUCAUAGAAUCAACCAGCUUGGAAGAGACCUCCAAUAUCAUCCAGGCCAACCUAUCCCCAAGCCCUGUCCAGUCAACUAGACCAUGGCACUAAGUGCCCCAUCCAGGCUUUGCUUGAACACCUCCAGAGAUGGUGACUCCACCACCUCCCUUGGCAGCCCAUUCCAAUGCCAAUCACUCUCUGCCAACAACUUCCUCCUCACAUCCAGCCUAGACCUCUCCCAGCACAACUUGAGACUGUGUCCCCUUGUUCUGUUGCUGGUUACCUGGGAGAAGAGACCAACCCCCACCUGUCUCCAGCCUCCCUUCAGGUAGUUGUAGACAGCAAUGAGGUCUGCUCUGAGCCUCCUCUUCUCCAGGCUGCACACCCCCAGCUCCCUCAGCCUCGCCUCACAUUGCUGUGCUCCAGGACCCUCACCAGCUUUGUCGCCAGCACCUCGACACCUCUCUUGAAUUGAGGGGCCCAGGACUGGACACAGCACUCAAGGUGUGGCCUGACCAGUGCUGAGUACAGGGGCAGAAUAACCUCCCUUGUCCUACUGGCCACACUGUUCCUGAUGCAGGCCAGGAUGCCAUUGGCUCUCUUGGCCAGGAAGAGGGAAGAUAGCAUCUCUUGUAACCUCACAUGCAGCUAGGAUUUCCCAGCUGUAUUAAAACUUCAUUUUCACAUCUUUUCUCUGUAAACAUUGCAAAUUAUGCCUGAAGACCAUUCAGAAUUUGGUGUACUCUGAAAAUCAUUUGACUGUGUCCCCUAAAGGGAGAAGCUACAAAGAAGAGUUCCAGAGUGAGCUCUUUUUUUUAAAAAUUAUUUUUAAAAUUAUUUAAUUUAAAGGAUACAAAAAAAUCUUCUGGGUCAGGUCUUGGUGUGAUUCCCCACACUAUUAUUAUCUGUUUAAUUUAGUCUCUUCAGUUACUAAUGUGAUGUAGAAGGUUUGCCUGGAGUUAAUAGGGCAUUCUGUUGAGGGGACAGGGUUCUCCUUAGCAUGGGCACUAAUGGGCACUGCAGCUGUGGUUUGACUACUGGGACUUACUUGAAUUUUUUAAUGGAAUUGAUAGAGAUAUUUUCUGCUACAGACAGGGAGUAGUUAAUACAAAGUUAGAAAUGCAGUUCUCAGGUUUUCCAGAAAACAGUACUUUUGGAUUACAGGUGCUUUGAUGUGCAAGAGACUGUCAUGGCAUCAGAAUGCAGCCUUCCUAACUCACCUCAUUUCCUCAGAGUUAGAAUGAACAUGAUCAGGCCAGGCUGGAUGAGGCUCUGGCCAGCGUGAUCUACGGUAGGGUGUCCCCAUGGCAAGGGGGUUGGAACUAGAUGAUCCCUUUAAUCCCUUCUAACCCUGACUGAUUGUAUGAUUCUAGGAUCAGUCCUUCUAUUGGAAGCCUGGUGUUAAGGCUGGUAAGAGCUCUUAAUGACCAUGGCUUGACCAUGUAAUCCUGUAUAUUAAAUGAAUACUGAAAAAGAGAGCUGAGCAGAAGUCAUCAGACAGUCCUCUGGAUCCAUCUGAGCAUUCACUGAUACCCAGUUCCCACCUAGGGCAGUAGGAUUGGGAGUGGCAUUGCUGAGUUGAAAAUGUAGUUUUGUUGUGGUUUUCCAUGUGCCAGUUCUGGCCUUCUUAAGCCCAAAUCCUGUAAAGCCUGGCUUGCUAUUGGAAGGCUGGCUAAAGAACCCACGUGGACUAGUGGACUGCUAUGUGGGGUCUGAGGGAAGCUGCUGUCUGCAUUUUAAAUUGGUAUGGUCUUGAGAUGGACCUCAAGAAUAAAGCACUUUUAGACCCAACAGAUAAAUGAUUUCAGGCUCAUCUUAAGACCAUGCCAAAGAAAGCUUGGUUUCUUUUUAAGUGUUGAUACGAAUACAAAUCUUGUCUUGUGAAAGACUAUGCUUUGUCUCGUCCAGAACACUCUUUUAUCUGUUGCAGAAGGCUUCUCAGUAGCUCUGCUUGGACUUCUCUUUCUCAGUUUACUAUGAAAACUAUUAAAUAGGACCAUUAGUCUGUGGUGUUCCUUGGAUAACACACUACAAGGACUUCAGAAGAGAGGGGAUGCAGAUAAAGUAACAGAUGUGUCAUCUUGCCAGCUGCUUGCUUGUUGCAGUCAACAGGUUUUGCAGGUCAGCCAGUUGGUAAGUAAAUAGUAGGAAAACCUGAUUUAAACCCAGUGUUUUUUUCCUCUCAAUCAACUUGUGAAGAUUCUGAUUUGUUUUAUUAACAGCCUGUGCAAUCUCUAUGAAAUUCUUUGAAAAUCUGGAAGUGUGCUUUGAUUAUUUAAACAAAAAAUACUUUCUGCACACAGCUUUCACUUUUUUAAUGUGCUCUCAUGGAAUUAAGUGUGAGGUGAUCACACUGAAGGUUUGUGUAAUGAAGAAUGAUGACAGGACACCUGGAGUUGUUCUGUUUUGAGGGCUCUCAUCUGGCAUACCAGCAAGAGUAGUCUUCUGUAAUUUCAUUUCAUUGUGCUCAAACCUGAAAAAGGCUUCCUUGUCCAUGCUGGCAGGGAGGAAUUGUUAAAAUGGUGUCCCAGGUUGAGACAGAAAUGAAACUCUCAAAUCACAUUGGAGAAAAAAAAAACAGAAUUGUAUUUAGAGAGAAAUACAGCAAUAGACAUUACAAAGCAAUUACCCCAUCCAUGGCAAACCCCCUGGAAUUUUCCCCCAUCCCAAAAAAACUAGAUCUACGCUCCCCAGUGUUCCAAUCCUCCCCCCCCCAGUGCCUCUGCCAUCCAAAGAGGCCUUCUGCUUUCAUGUUCUUCCUGAUAAAUUGGCUCACACCACACACACAGGGCAGGAGAAGGAGGAAAGGAGAGCAAACUGACCUUGUGAGCUUAUAACAAGAUAGCAGAAUUAUGGGAUUGAAUAACAAUCUUCUAGUCCCCAGAAGAUUUUCAACCCUAUUGUCUCAACCUGGGACAAAUGGCUGGAUGCUAGGAAAUAAUAAAGUCAGUUGGAAUCUGUAUCUGAGUAUUUGCUUCAAAGUCUGUUAAUUCCAGGAAAUCUUCAUUGCACCCAAGUGGAGGAUGUGCAAAGGCUGACCAACAUCACCUGUAACUGCUUUAUUGACUUAAAACGUGAUUCCUAAUGCUACCUUGAAAUUUAAACCUAGCACCUCUUCCACAAAACUUCCUGGAAGUAAUGGAACUAAAAUGUGAACGGACCUGUGUGGGUUUGGGUUGGGAUUCUCUAAGGGGAGGCCCUCUCUUCCAAACUUCUCAACUUCAUCCUAAGUCCUGUCAGCACUCUGCACCACACAGAAAUUGUUUUACUACUUCUUAGUGUUUGCUUAUUCCUGUCUGUUGGGUAAGCCUUGAGUUGCACUAACUGACAGUGGCGCUUCCAGAGCUGCCCUGCAUAAAAUUCUGCUCAGCAAGAUCCUGUUAGGCCAAGAGAGAAAUCUCAGCUAACUUUCUCUUGGAUUUUCAUCUUCUGAAGAUCCUGUGUGGUGUAAUAUCUCCUGAACACAGUGCCUCUCUCACCCUAGGAAGUGACUGUCAUUCAGAAAUAAAAUCAAGUUGGUAUUUGUCUUUUGGAGUCUUUCAAGUCUCAGGAAUGUGUUCAAUGUGAUGACCAAACCUGUCAGAUACAAGGUGAGGAAAAAUUGCACCUGCUGUACCUGCUAAAAGAAUGCAUCACUUGAAAUAAGUGUAAUACUGCAAUAGGCUUUAUGUUUCAAUACCAACCAAGAUUAUUCUGUCUGAAGCUUCAACAUUUGGGCUGCUAAAAGCAAGAAUGCAUCACUUGAAAUAAGUGUAAUACUGCAGUAGGCUUUAUGUUUCAAUACCAACCGAGAUUAUUCUGUCUGAAGCUUCAACAUUUGGGCUGCUAAAAGCAAUACCUAAAUCUCUAAAGACUUUAAAACAGCAAAUGAGGAAGAGCAGUGCAUUCUAAAAGAUUCUGAACGUAGCCUGCAGCAGGGAAGCAGUAAUUGCAGAAAGGCAGAGUGGAAUUUGCAGAUUCAGUGAUGAUUAGAAAUAAACUUGGCUUAAUUUAUUUUAGUGCACUUGAAUCCCCUGAAGAACUUUUUUUUAUCAAGAGAAUCUCUUCCCAGUUCUUGACAGGUCAUUCUGAAUUUGAAAUACAUUCAUUACUGUCUGUCCUCUUUUGGGUUCAGCCUGUCUGCUGCUACUGGGAAAUGCAGCACUCUGUUUCUUAGAACUCUGAUUAUGCUGAGGGCAGGAUUUGUUCCGUUACACUCACAUAAAUCUGAUGCUGAGCUGCCAAGCAGAGGAGUGCUUUUAAUUGAUCACCAAAUGAUGUUUCUCAGUUGUGUGAGAACCUUUGUAAAGAGCCCUUCUGGUUCACGCAGAGUAAAGAAAGGUCAGUCCAUGCUGAGUGUGAAUUUGGGCUGAGUGCUGACAUGAAAUUUACAGCCUUGUACCUGGCAGUGUACUUGCUACCAGGUAUCUUAGAAUAUUUAUUUGUAUUUUGAAAGAGAAAUUCUUUGCAAGGAAAGGUAAAGCUGGUACUAAAGUAGUCCCAGAGUGAAACAGAAAAUACAACAGGAGAGCAAGCCAGAGCUUGAAUCCCUACUAAGAGAUUGAAUGAAGCUUCCUGAGGACUUCUGAGCAGGUUCCAUAUUUUUGCUAGCUGUUUCUAGAUCCAGUUCCUCCUCUGUAUGUUUGCAUGACCGUGCAAAGAACCAAUUAUUAAUAAAACUUAGUGGUUGGGAGUGGGGAGGGUUUUGAAUAUCAAAAUUAAUAAACAAUAACAACUUUGAAAA